AUGGGGCACAUAAUGAGCAAGAUACACAAAUCUUCAAGAAUCACUUCAAUAACAAGUAAUACCAUUCUGCAACAACACACGAGGUCAAUCGAAGAACAUGGCGACCAUUACAAUUACGACAACCUCGGGUCAAGAACAAGGGAGCCGAUCAUUACAUUGUCUUCCGGUAUCGAAGUUCGAUCCACCUCCAUUGAAUCUCUCCGAAAUGUCACCGAAAACCUAUUGGAAUUGAAUCAAGAUGUCGUGAAAGUGACAUUAGAAUGUAAGAACGAUAUAUGGAAGAACCGUGCACUUUUCAAUCUCGUUGAGGAAUAUUUAGACAAUAGUACGAAGACAUUGGAUUUUUGUACUUCGUUAGAUACUCGUUUAAAGCACGCCCGCGAUAGUCAACUUCUUAUCUCUGUCGCACUUCAGCAAUGCGAAGCGAAAAAAGGUGUUGGCACAAUAAAAAUCGAUAAGAAGAUGUUGAAAAUCAUCAAGUCCUCCCGUGACCAGUUUACCAAAGAAAUAAAACAAAUUCUUCAAAUUGUUUUAUUGCACCAAACAGUAAUUCUCGAGAAACUUCAUUCGAAAAAGGCCAAACUCAACAAGAGACUACGAAAGAUUCAUGCAUGGAGCAAGGUUUCGCGGGUGCUAUUUGCUACGACUUUGAUAUCCGUGUUGGCAUGUUCGGUUGUGGUGGCCGCAAUAGCGGCCCCACCCGUAGCAGCCGCUUUAGCGGCUGCUUGUUCAAUACCGUUGGGUUCAAUGGGGAAGUGGGUUGAUAGUAAAUUGAAGAAAUAUGAGAAUGUUAUGAAGGUACAAAAGGGAGUGAUUAGUUCUAUGGAAGUCGGGUCUAUUAUUGAAAUUAAUGAUUUGAAAAAUAUUAGAACUUCAAUUGAUACUUUAGAAAUACUUAUAAUGGAAGAAUGGGAUUUGAUUGAUAAAAAAGAUGGUGCGACGUUUUGCGUAGAGAAGAUAAAGAAGAAGAUCGCGAAAUUUAUGAAGAUUGCAGAGGAGCUUGAAAAGGAAGUUGAUAUUUGUAGUCGAGAUAUUCGAACGGCGAGAACUCUUAUUCUUCGAAGAAUUAUAAAAUCUCCUAAUUUGAAUCAGGAGAGUAAUUGA